AUGACUAAGAUGUCUAAUCUUCCAUUGGAGUUAUUAGAGGAGAUAUUCUCUAGAGUUCCUUCAAAAUCUAUGAGAGCAGUACGAUCUAUCUGCAAGACGUGGAACAAAUUAUCCAAAGAUGAGAGCUUUACAAAGAAACGCCUCGCUCAAGAAGCUAUAACAAGGGAAAGAGAGUUUCUGGUGGUCAUGGUGAUUGACUUUAGAGUUUAUCUAAUGAGUGUCAACGUCCAUGGUACUCAAAACAAUGUUGAAUCACAUAUUUCACCUGUAAAGCAUAAAGUUCAAUCACAUAUGAUUAUAAAGCAAAAAGGUCAACUUAUUAACCUUCACGAUUCAGAUCAAGUUGGUAUAUCAGGAAUAUGUCAUUGUGCUGGUUUAUUGUUAUUGACUAGAGACGACUAUACUAGCCUCGUGGUCUGGAACCCGUAUACAGAGCAAACUCGGAGGAUCAAACCUAGAAGUCGUGAUGAAUGGACCUUUCCUGUUUAUGCUAUUGGAUACGAGACGAGAAAAUCGUGCCGCCACUACAAAAUUUUGAGAUAUAAGAAAUAUGAUGAGUACGAAAUCUAUGAGUUAGACUCUAAUUCAUGGAGGGUUCUUGAUGUCACGUCCACCAUAUGGGAAACAGGGUUUCAUCUUAAUGGCAUCUCUGUGAAAGGCAAUGCUUAUUGGUAUGUUAUUCCAAAUAAGCCAUUAAAAAAGAUGAAUGAGUUCUUGAUCUGUUUUGAUUUUACAAAAGAGAGAUUUGGACAGCUCCUGCCUAUGCCGUUUCACUCUAAUGACAAAUAUAUUGUGAGUCUCUCUAGUGUUAGAGAAGAGCAACUUGCCGUGUUAUGUCAGCGUUGGGAUAUAUCAAGGAUGGAGAUAUGGAUUACUGAUAAGAUUGAACCCAAUGCGGUGUCGUGGACCAAGUUGUUCUUAGAGAUAGAUAUGCAACCACUUGCUGAUUAUGAUCUUGACGUUAAAGAUGGGAAUUUCCUCAUUGACGAGGAGAAGAAAGUCGCUGUGGUUUUUGAUAAUGGCAAAGAGAUGCAACCCCAUAACAAAGCUUGCAUCAUUGGAGAGAAUGGAUACUUUAGAAAAGUGGAUCUCGGAGAAUCUGCAGGCCAACUUUAUUGGUCUCCAUUUGUGUGCUCUUAUAUUCCAAGUUCAGUUCAAAUCUAA